AAGGACCACUCUUAUGGCCAUUAUAUCUCACACAACUAAGAUCUUCCUUUUAUUUUUCUAAACACGAUUAGUAAAAAUCGCUUCUAUCAUGACAUCUUUUGUGCUUGUGAUUUUUGCAGUUAUUGGUGUAUGUUUUUCUUUUUGUUUAUCUACUUUGCGCUAGAGUACCAGUUGGCCUUGGUACCAAGCCAUGGCGCAGAGUCGCCUGCUGAAUUAUACUGGAAGGCAAAGUUGAGCAACAUCCCUAUGCCAAAACUUGUCAAGGAUUCUUUGGAACUAGGUACAAAGGAUGGAAUUAGUACGAAACUCAACCUAAUGAAUUAUGGACACACCAAUAUGGAUCAUGAUUUCGAAAGGUUGGCACCCUUGUACAAGCGUGGCUUUACGGGUGCGCAACUACCUCAAGAUGGCAGAGUCAUGUACUUUACAGAAGAGAUGUUACUCAAGAAAUUAAAAAUGAAACUGGACUUGAUUAAAACUGAUAAUGAAGCCAAGUUUUUACCAAAAUCAAAGUCCGUUGUGUCAUCUAACAAGCUCCAAAUGAUCCUUAAUCAUCUAUCCGUGGACCCUAAGUCAAUUGCUGCUCAAGAUAUUGCAAAGACGGUCAAAGAAUGUGCAGAUAAUGGUGUUAAAGGAGAGGUCCGAUACUGUGCAACUUCAUUGAAGGGUAUGGUUGAUUAUGUUAAUUAUAAGUUUGGAAAAAAUAACAACUUGAAGGUAACAGUGUUAUCUAUGGAACACGACAUAAAAAGUGUUAUGGAAUACAACAUUCAAAAGGUACAAUGAGUAACCCAUACGCGGUGUUUCUUUGUCACAACAUAAAGAAGACGAAGAUGUAUGAUGUUUCAUUGAUUGGUGCUAACGGGAAGCAAUUGAACGCGUUUGCUGCUUGUCAUAUGGAUACUUCUUCGUGGAAUCCUAAACAUUUGGCGUUUCAACUUCUUAAAAUCAAGCCAGGGAGUAAGCCUAUAUGCCAUUUCCUUAGUGGAAAUGAUUUAGUUUGGCUUCCUAAAUCCUAAAUCCUAAAUCCUAAAUCCUAACUAAUGUGUUAAUUUCCACAUAUGGAUCCUAGCUUAGGUUCAGGGCUCAAGUACGUACUAUAGUUAUAUAUAUAUAUAUAUAUAUAUAUGUAUAUAUAUGCAUAGGGGUGCAAAUAAGCUAGGACGUUCGCGAACAACUCGCGAACAAGCUCGGUCAAAGCUCGGUCAAAGCUCGUUCAUUAAGCAAUUGAACGAGCUCGAGCAAAUAUUUAAGGCGCGUUUGUUAAACGAGCUUUACUCGAACAACAUCCCGUUCGGCUCGUUAUUGUUCACGAACAGCCCGUUUAUAUCUCUUUUGUAACUCGUUAGUAGCCCGUUUAUAACUCCGUUAUAGCUUGUAAAAUAUUUUAAUAGAAUAAUACAAAUUUAAAUAUAGAAUAUGUAUUAUUUUGUAUAAUGGUAAAGUCUAAAUUUAAUAUGGUAAAAAGUAAACAAAUUUUAGGAAUUAUAUAUCUAGAAACUCAAUAGUCAAUGCAUAUUUGCUUGAAUUUUGUCAAUUAUACAUUCAUAUUUCCUGCUUCCUCUUUUAGUCUUCUCAAUCACGACAAUCAACAAGAAUUUUGCUGGACUUCCAAAUUAGCUACUUCUUCAUAUUUCGUCAAUCUUUAUGGCCACUAUAAGUACCCUUGAAUUGAAUAGGUUUUCGAUCAUUUACUAAAACCCGUUUAAAGCUCGUUAAGAUUUGAGCUCGAGCUCGAAAUACAAACGAGCAAGCUCAAGCCGAGCCCGAGAAAGUAUUUUAUUAAACGAGCCUGGCUCGAACAAAAAAAAUUAAAGCUCGUUCAAGCUCGAGCCUGCUCGAAUACCAAUGUUCCUUAACAAGCUUAGCUCGAUAAGGUUAUUACUCGACUCGACUCGGCUCGGCUCAUUUGCAGCCCUAUAUAUGCAGUACUGUGAUAACGGGAAAUUAACAAGGCCCGGUAAAUAAGCACCUAUGCUUCCUAAUUCCUAGUUAUUCUUAGUUAAAACUUUAUCAUGUGUGCCACCGUACAUUUGCUAGCUACAUGUAAAUGUCGUAAUCAUCAACUUGUAUAAAUGUAUUUUCUUUCACGUUAAUGCCCUUCCUUGGUAUUUUUGUUUUUGUUAAUGUAUUUUUCUUACAUAUAUAAAUUACUUUUAAAAAAGUAAAUAGUGGUGUACAAGGUCUUAUCAGUAAAUAGUACUAGUUUGCUUAAUUGCAAAGUCAUCAUAAGACGUACACUAAUCGUAUGUACUACAUACGUGCAUGGUACAAGCUAGCUAGCUAGCUAGCUAGCUAGUAUAUAAUGAUAGAAUAUGAUAAUCAAUAACAGAAGAAUAUAUAGGACAAAUCAGUGGUAAUUAGAAAUGAUAGGUAGUAUUAAAACACAAUAAUUAAUUAAGAACACUAAUGAUAGGUAGUAUUAUGAUAAUUAAGUAAGAAGGAAGAGAAGCUAGGUAGGUACUGGUAGGUAGUAUUAUGAUCGAUCAGUUAGAUUGAAUAUCAAGAGUAGCAAGCUGUUGAAUAUUCAUGGGGUAAGAAACGUCGCUACCACCAUUAAAGGCCCUCCUUCCUAAGAUAACGUUGACAUGUGAUGUAGGAUGGAAAGCAUCCCAAAAUACGUAUUCUUCUCUGUUCAUGCAUGGUGUUUGGAAUGGUAGACAUGUUAUUUGCCCUUGGUUUCGCCCGAUCCCGCAACAUCCACGGUCGAUCACUUUGAAUCCUGCAAUUUUAUUAAUAUCAGUUCAGUUUCAUUCAGUUCAGUUCAGUUCAGUUCAGCCAAACAAUUAAGAUUAGAAUGUACGUACCGUAAGCAGCAGGACGAGCGAGGAUGUCACGGAACAUGUUAGCAAUAUCGACGUAAAUGAAUCUAGAACCAGGAAGUUUGGAAUUGAGAUUGUUGAGCAUUGUCUUGACAUUUGCAUUGAAAGGUUGUACUAGUAGGUUCACAGCUUCAGAGCAAUUCCCAGUAGGACUCUGUGCUAAUAGGCUUGGGAUGCAUCCCAUCAUUCCUAAUCCUGCUAUUGCAAACUUCCUCCCUCCUAGAUUAUACAAUUUCUGCAUUUCAACAAACAUAUAUAUGUAGUCAAUCAUGCACGUACAUCAUUAUAAUUAUAAAUAUAUUGAAGAAAGAUUGAUCGAUCCAUCGUUCGACUUACAGUGAGCUGAGUGGUGUAUUGUUGUACCAAGAGGUUUGCAUAUUGCUGGGCAUUGUAUUGAUUUCGAGUUGGAUAAUUGGGCAUAAGAUAGUUGUUUAAGUAAUCAUUACUUCCCAUUCCUACAAAGAACAAGCAUUGUGCCAAACUUCUACUCAUUUCAUCUGCCCCAAGAUUAGCUGUUAUUUGGUCUAAUGUGCUCUCAAAGUUCCGAACUUGCUGAUUAAACGGUAUGCGUCCAAC